AUGAUGAUGGAUCAUGGAAAUUUCUUCUCAUGUCAUUUGGUAUACCCAUUUGUCUUCUUUUUCCUUGUUAAUGUGCUUAUAACCAGUUCCAAUGCGCAUAACGUGAGCACAGAAGUUCCAUUUCGGGACGACUUCCCCACCGACUUCAUCUUUGGAGUUUCUACUUCGGCAUACCAGAAUGAAGGUGCAACCAAAGAAGGCGGUAGGGGUACGACUAUUUGGGAUACUUUUGCCAAGAUGUCAUCAGGUUUGAUAUCUGACCAUAGCACCGGAGACGUGGCCGUUGAUUCUUAUCAUCGCUACAAGGAAGAUGUAAAGCUGAUCAAGGAAAUGGGUAUGGACAGUUAUAGAUUCUCCAUCGCAUGGUCCAGAAUUUUACCCGGUGGGAGUCUGAGCAAAGGAGUCAAUAAACAAGGAGUCGAUUAUUACAAUAAUCUCAUUAAUGAGCUCUUAUCCCAUGGAAUUCAGCCAUUUGUGACAUUGUUUCACUUUGAUCUUCCACAAUCACUCGAAAACGAAUAUGGUGGUUUCUUGAGUCCUCGCAUUGCCAAUGAUUUCAAGGAUUAUGCAGAGGUGUGCUUUAAAGAGUUUGGCGACAGAGUCAAGCAUUGGAUCACAAUUAAUGAGCCUUGGACCUUUAUUUAUAUGGGUUAUGGCUUGGGAAUAUCACCGCCAGGUCGGUGCUCAAACCGACAUCUUUGCAAAUAUGGGAAUUCAGGGGUUGAGCCUUAUAUAGUUGGCCACAAUCUACUCCUUGCUCAUUCCGCUGCUGUCAAUCUUUACAAGCAAAAAUAUCAAGCAUCUCAAAAAGGUAAAAUCGGAAUAACGCUUAAUACUGAUUGGAUGGUUCCUGCCUCUACGAAGAAAGAAGACGCUUUGGCUACAAAGAGAGCUCUAGAUUUUGCUUUGGGGUGGUUUUUGGAACCUUUAGUCUCCGGUCAUUAUCCACAAAACAUGAUAGAAAUAUUAAAACACCGCCUACCAGCAUUUACGUAUCUCCAGCAUCUGCAAAUCAAAGGAUCCUUUGAUUUUAUUGGAUUGAAUUACUACAGCACAAGUUGUAUUUCCAAUAAUCCACCAACAAAUGCUACAGAAAUGAGUUACGAUACUGAUCCUCAAGCUAAGAAAGGAAAUGUGCGGAACGGAGCUGUUAUUGGUCCUACAGCUAUUACGCCUUGGCUAAACGUAUACCCACCAGGGAUCAAGGAGAUACUUCUUUAUAUAAAGGAGCAAUACAAGAGUCCAGUUAUAUAUAUCACCGAGAACGGGUAUUCAACUAACGGUACAGAACCUAUCGAAGAUUCGGUAACUGAUGCUAAGAGGGUUAACUACUACAUUCAACAUCUCUAUCACCUUCAGCAAGCGAUUAAGGAGGGUGUUGAUGUCAGAGGUUAUUUUGCAUGGACAUUGAUGGACAACUAUGAGUUUACGAGUGGGUAUACCGUCACGUUUGGUUUGUACCAUGUAGACAGGAAAGAUGGAUUGAAGAGAUACCCUAAAGACUCCUCCAGAUGGUUUAAGAACUUUCUCCGCUCAACAAAUUCAGUGGCCUAG